AUGGCAGUCAUCAACGACAGAGACGAGAUCCAAAAUUGGGCGGGGCUCGCCAACAAUGGCCAGUUGACUGUGGUCGUACUCGUCUGUACAGGACUCUUUGGACUCUACCGCUACCUCAGAUCCGUCAUCUGCCCUUGCAUCACCCCAUUCGAAUUAGACCUAGCUUCGAGGAUCCUCGACGAUACCUAUCAAGCUGCAGAGCGCGACGUGCCAGAUUGGGAUGAUAUUGCGAAUGACUAUCUCAGUCUUAGAAUUGAGGCUACCCAUAUCCGCGAGAAAAGUCUCCAAGGCUCGUCUUGGAAGACAUGUCUCGGUUUCCACCCCGCAUUGAUGUUCGAUAUUGCCUAUUAUCAUACCAAAUGUGAGGAACUGAAGUGUAGGAUCCUCACCGCCCACGAACGAAACCUCCGAAGUCACCUUGGGGCAGAACAAUAUCGACGGCAGUUCUCGACAACGACGAGGUUGCCACCUCAAACUGCAUUCUUUGCAUCUGCCUAUGAAAGCCCGUUCCGUUCACUUGCACAGUAUGAGGACUAUUCUCCACGUCCUUACAACGCAGAGAUUUAA